UAACGUUGACCGGAAGCGUCGACAGGGCGAUUGUUGUUUAGGAACAGCGAAAGCGAUGUUGUAAACGUGGAGCGCAACCGUUUUGAGCUUUUAUUAGCGGCCCGUAGUACGGCUGUACAACCCUAAAAUCCUCCGGUGAUCCAUGGUGGGAGGGUUUUAGUCCGUUUUUUUGUUAGUUGGUUGUUUGGGGAGAGCGGAGUGUUUUCGGAGGGUCGCUAGCUAGCUGAGCUAAUCGCAUGUAAACAAGCAGAGGAUCAGCUGGGCGAAGAAGGCGAGUCGGGGAGCUGCACUGAUGACAGCCGAGCAUCUGAUUUAUUGCAUCUGUUUCGCAUGAGAAGAUCGGGUUGCCAUUGUUGUUUAGUCCAGAUUGAAGAGAUUGCGUGUAAUAUUGCCCAGGACACCUCCCUCCCUCCCUGACUCUCUCUCUCUCUCUCUCUCUACCACAUUUUGCUAGCUGCAGUAGAGUAGUUAGGCUGACAGACAACUUGUGCAGGUUGUGCUAUUUAUAGCCUGAUGAAAAGCAUUUAAGAUCAGAACAGAAACCGGUUUGAACGAACAAAAUCCAUGAAGAGGUUUUGAUUUGGAGCUGCAAGAACAUCUUACAUUUCACUGGAGAGAAGAGUUUAGAGUUGUUGAAGUUUGGAGAAGGUCAGAGGCACGCGCCUGUGUCAUGGCCCAUCAGCAGAUGCCCAGCUCCCAGAAGGCCCUGAUGCUGGAGCUCAAGUCUCUGCAAGAGGAGCCUGUCGAGGGCUUUCGCAUAACACUGGUGGCCGAGUCGGACCUGUACAACUGGGAGGUGGCCAUAUUCGGACCCCCGAACACGCUUUACGAAGGGGGAUACUUCAAGGCCCAUAUAAAGUUCCCCAUCGACUACCCGUACUCGCCACCGACCUUCCGCUUCCUAACCAAGAUGUGGCACCCAAACAUAUACGAGAACGGUGACGUGUGCAUUUCCAUCUUGCAUCCCCCCGUGGAUGACCCUCAGAGCGGAGAGUUACCCUCCGAGAGGUGGAACCCUACACAGAAUGUCAGAACUAUCUUGCUGAGCGUGAUCUCGCUGCUGAAUGAGCCCAACACGUUUUCCCCAGCUAACGUAGAUGCUUCAGUCAUGUUCCGCAAGUGGAGAGACAGCAAGGGAAAGGACAAGGAGUACGCCGAGAUCAUCCGAAAGCAGGUGCUGGCCACGAAGGCAGAAGCAGAGCGGGACGGCGUCAAGGUUCCCACCACGCUGGCCGAAUAUUGCAUACAGACCAAAGUGCCUUCCCACGACAGCAGCUCCGACUUGCUCUACGACGACCUGUACGACGACGACAUAGAGGAAGAGGAUGAUGACGAAGACGAAGCAGAGGCCGGCGGGCCUGCUGGGGACAUGAGCGCAGACUGCUACGGCGACGAGGAGGACUCUGGGAACGAGGAGUCUUGAUGCCGUGACGUUGCCCCUCCCCGUUCCCCCUUACCGCACCCCUACUCCACUGUACUCCACUCUGUCUCUGUUCAAGCUGCUGAUCUUUUCCAGUUUGUCCCAAUCAUCUUUUCUUCUUCUCGCACACUUUCAGUGUGAGGUGUGACCCUGCACUGGGUUUUUUUUAAGAGCCCCAAGAAUGAGCCCUGGCAGAGCCUUUCAAGCAAGAAAAGCACUCGCACCACUUUCAUUACCCUUUUUAAAAAGAGAGAGAGAGAG